AUGACGCUAAGUUCACUGUUUGAUCCGCGGGUCAACUCCACGCGGUUAAGUUUUUGGGUGUCCCCUGGAAGAGAACAGGUCAGAGUCAUCACUGGGAUCGUCAGAAACACGUCUCUGCCAUUGUCCAGUCAGGUUGUGAUAGUUUGCUGCGUGCUUCACAUGAGUAAAAAACUGAAGACUUCCGUAAACUUUCGUCUUGGCUUGCAGUCUCUCAGUCCAUUCCCAAAAGCUUCAGUAUUGACAAUACAUAGUCAAUCUAAUUCCUUUGCAUCAGAACAAGCGUCUGAUAAAGCCAAAUUAAAAAGUCUUUCCGGAAAAGAACGUAGAGCUAUUCAGCAAAUGGUUUUUAUGUCCAUUGUGGUCAUCAUCUGUGACAUGCCAGAGAUACUCAUCAGCCUAAUUUCCGUCUCGGUACAAACAUUUGGUUUCCGUAAGCCUUUGAAUAACUUUUACCUGACUGUCAUCGGAGUUAACUACACGUUCCAGGUGAUCAACACAAGUAUCAACAUCGCCAUUUACUGGAAGUACAGCAGUAGGUAUCGAGAAAACUGUUGCCUGACUCGUCUCCCUUUGCUGGAUCUUAGUCCUAGCUGA